CCUGCAGUCAGAGCGGCGCAUCUGGAAGAGAGCUGGCCGGCUGGGGAGGUGGAGGACGGGGAGAGAAGAGGAAGGAGGCUCCGGGAGCAAGCGAGACAAAAAGGGUCAGGCCUGGGACUUGGGAAAACCGGGAGAGCAGGAAGAAGAGGGGAUCAUCCGUCAUUGCUUUAUUUUCUUUUAAACUUUUCAACUUCCUUUUAACGUGAAAGUCCAUAUCUACACUACCCAUCAUCAGACAUUACCCAUAAGCUCAUAAGACUCUCAAUGAUGCCGUCCAACACUCUCACCAACACCACCACCACUGCUGAUUCACCUGGAAAUCCAAUGGGUGAGAGAACAAUACUGGACUCAGACCUGAUGGAGGAGAAGUCACCUAAAAGUAGCAAGCCUGGAAGAAAACGCAAGCAGUUUUCACAGGUUGAGAGCUGUGGCUCUCUUAAAGACAGUGCGAGUGUAGGCCACAGCUACACUAUGGCGAUGGCACAGGUCUUCAAUGGGGACAUGGGCGGGAUCAGAGACAGGAUGCCCGAUGCCUGCUUCCCAAAACAGGAGAAGCGGGAAGUCGAGAAUGGGAUUCCCAGAGACCCUUCCUCCUGCCGUGCAGAGGACAGCUCUCAGGGGCAGAGUCUGAGUCAUCCUCAAGAGAACGGAUUCCUGUCCAGCCGGGAAGAACAGGACUUGGAGAAAGCCAAUGAUGACUGCCUGAUGACGCCGCGCAAGAAACGAGGGAGGCGGAAACUGGAGCACCCAACUAAAUAUGUGGAGCACAAGGAGGAGGAUGGGAGUGAUGCGGUAAAGACUGAGGGAGGUCGAGGCAGGCUGCGAGGGGGAGUUGGUUGGGAGAUCAGCCUUCGUCAGAGGCCCAUGCCCAGAAUAACCUUCCAGGCUGGUGACCCUUAUUACAUUAGCAAGAGGACCAGAGAGGAGUUGCUGGCCAAGUGGAAGAUGGAGGCAGAGAAAAAGGCCAAACAAAUGUCAGCAAUGAACGCGAUGAAGGAUCACGAGGAUAAUGAAACAGAGACCCGGAAUGAAGAGGUCUCAAUAAUCAAACACCCACAGCCUUCAAAGCAGCAGCAGCAGCCGCAGCAGCAGCUGCAGCCGCAGCCACACACUAAGUCUCAGUCACAGCCUCAGUAUCAACAGCAAUCACCGCUGGUGCUGCCACAGCAACAGCAACAACUGCAACAUCAGCAGCCACCUCAGCAGCAGCAACAGCAGCAACAGCCUACUGACCCAGCUUCCCCCACUGUGGCCACGACCCCAGAGCCUGUCGCCAUCGAAGGAGAAGACAAGACAUCCCCCAAGACUCCAGACACUGAGUCUGAGUAUGAGGACGGUCGUGGUUUUGGCAUCGGCGAGCUGGUUUGGGGGAAGCUCCGAGGAUUCUCUUGGUGGCCAGGCCGCAUCGUAUCCUGGUGGAUGACGGGACGUAGCAGAGCUGCUGAGGGAACCAGAUGGGUCAUGUGGUUUGGAGAUGGAAAAUUCUCAGUGGUUUGUGUAGAGAAACUAUUGCCUUUAAGUUCCUUUAACAAUGCCUUUCACCAACCAACUUACAACAAGCAGCCCAUGUACAGGAAAGCCAUCUACGAAGUCUUACAGGUGGCUAGCAGCCGGGCAGGAAAGGCCUUCAUGGCCUGCCCUGACAGUGAUGAGACAGAGACCUCAAAAUCCGUGGAAAUGUUAAACAAGCAAAUGAUUGAGUGGGCUAUGACAGGAUUUCAGCCCACUGGACCCAAAGGCUUGGAGCCACCAGAAGAGGAGCGUAACCCAUACAAAGAAGUUUAUCCUGAAAUAUGGGUAGAGCCAGAAGCAGCAGCCUAUACACCUCCUCCAGCCAAAAAGCCUCGCAAAAGCACAGCAGAGAAACCUAAGGUCAAGGACAUCAUUGAUGAGAGAACACGAGAGCGACUUGUUUAUGAAGUGAGACAAAAGUGCCGCAGCUUAGAGGACAUCUGUAUCUCCUGUGGAAGUCUGAAUGUUAGCCUUGAGCACCCUCUUUUUGCUGGAGGAAUGUGUCAGAGUUGCAAGAACUGCUUCCUAGAAUGUGCUUAUCAAUACGACGACGACGGCUACCAGUCAUACUGCACUAUCUGCUGCGGGGGACGAGAGGUGCUCAUGUGUGGGAACAACAAUUGUUGUCGGUGCUUCUGUGUGGAGUGCGUGGACCUUCUUGUUGGUCAAGGAGCCGCUCACGCUGCCAUCAAAGAAGACCCAUGGAACUGCUACAUGUGCGGUCAGAAGGGUGUGUUUGGUUUGCUGGAGCGUCGUAGCGAUUGGCCCAGCCGUCUCCAGCACUUCUUUGCAAAUAAUCACGAUCAAGAUUUUGAUCCACCAAAGCUUUACGCCCCAGUCAUGGCGGAGAAGAGGAAGCCCAUUCGUGUCCUUUCACUAUUUGAUGGCAUAGCCACAGGACUGCUGGUGCUCAAAGAACUUGGCAUCCAAGUGGGUCGCUACAUAGCUUCUGAAGUGUGUGAAGACUCCAUCACUGUGGGUAUCGUCCGGCAUGAGGGUCGCAUCAUGUACGUUGGAGACGUGCGGAACAUCACGCGCAAACAUAUAAACGAGUGGGGUCCUUUUGAUCUAGUUAUAGGUGGAAGCCCAUGCAAUGACCUCUCAAUAGUCAAUCCUGCAAGGAAGGGUCUGUAUGAGGGCACCGGACGCCUGUUCUUUGAGUUUUACCGACUGCUCCAUGAGGCUCGGCCGAAGCAGGGGGAAGACAGGCCUUUCUUCUGGCUCUUUGAAAAUGUGGUUGCUAUGGGCGUCAGUGACAAGAGGGACAUAUCUCGCUUUUUAGAGUGUAACCCAGUGAUGAUCGAUGCCAAGGAAGUGUCAGCUGCCCACCGUGCCCGUUACUUCUGGGGUAACCUUCCUGGCAUGAACAGGUUGGUGUAUGAAUGGCCUUUGACUGCCAUGUGCACUGAUAGGCUGGAACUCCAGGACUGUUUAGAACAUGGCAGAACAGCCAAGUUUGGCAAGGUGAGGACUAUCACUACCAGGUCUAAUUCCAUCAAGCAGGGCAAGGACCAGCACUUCCCAGUCUACAUGAAUGAGAAGGAAGACAUACUGUGGUGCACUGAGAUGGAGAGGGUCUUUGGUUUUCCAGUCCACUAUACAGACGUAUCCAACAUGAGCCGACUGGCGAGGCAGAGGCUGCUGGGCAGAUCAUGGAGCGUCCCAGUUAUCCGCCACCUGUUUGCACCACUCAAAGAGUACUUUGCCUGUGACUGAGCAGUCAGAAAAUUAGCUCAGAACCAUUUAGUAUGAAGUGCCGUAAGGGGCAUUAUUACUGAAACGCUCUCAGACACACUACUGAACACCAAGGCAUUUCAGCUGAACAGGAAGGUGUUUUAGUGUUGCCAACUUAGCAACUUUGUCGCUAUAUUUAGUGAGUUUUCAGACCCCCUUAGCGACUUUUUUUCUCUAAAAAACGACUAGCGACAAAUCUGGCGACUUUUGCUUUUGUUAUUAGGAAGACCUAUGACCACUUUUUGAUGUGAAAGCACAUAUCUGUCUUACUCCCAACAAGCAGCGGGUGCUGCCGUGGGCACUUCGCCCAUGCCAAAGCGCUCACAGGCAGCAGUCGCCCCCAGCUGCUGUCAGAGCAGGAGAUGCUGAUCCCUACCCAUCCAAACUGCAAAUGAAUCACGCAUGAGCAAAGCCGCUGCUCCCACCCUGACUUUAACGCAGUCAGUUCUUCUUUUACUUUUUGUAAAUCACAAGGUUUAAAACUACUUAAACACACACAGUGUGUGUGUGUGUAACUCCGCCAGAGUGCCUUUUUUGGGUCACUUUUGCCGGUACCAAGCCCGGAUAAAGGAGGAGGGUUAGAAUUGUGACAUUAAAAAAAACAAUAAUUACUCAAAGAAUUUAAUUUGUAGUUCUAAAUAUAUUCCUAAUCCAUUUAGGGUGGUUUUUUUACCCACUUUAUGUCUCUUCCACGAUGUUAUUUCUCUCUCCUACAACAUAGGUUACAAUUACAUAAGCAUGACCAAUUAUGCAAAUUAGGCGAUGACCAUAUUUAGCAACUUCUAGCGACUUUUAGGACAGCUAAUAGCGACUUUCCUUACUAAGGAUUUGGCAACACUGCCCUAUCCAGCUGAAACGCCUUGGUUUUAAGUAGUGUGUGUGACUGCAUUUCAGUAGCGUGUGCGAGUACAUUUCAGUAGCGUUUGUUAGAGCGUUUCAGUAGUGUGUGUGAGAGAUAAAAUUUUAGUCGUGUGUGUGAGAGCAUUUCAGUAAUAAUGUCCCUUACGGCACCUCAUAAUUUAGGAACCACAACUGUAUGUUGUGACUAGAAACAAGAGCCUUGAUCCUCAAAUUAUACUCUGGUAUAAUUUGUAAGCGAAACAUAGAUUUCACAUUAUUUCUUGUAUUUGAAUUGCAAUUCUUAUUCUAUUUAAUUUUAUAUAUCAUUUUACAGUAGGGCCGCUGCAGUGUUAUCAAGUAUUGUUUAUUUGUUUGUGCAAGCUAUACUUGAGACUAUGCUUUCUUCUCAAGACACGAAGACAGAAGAGUGCUAAAUACGUCUUGUAAGAGAGAGGGAUAGGAAUACAUUGGGAAACAUCAGAAAGACAGGAAGUAGGAUAUUUUUUUUCAAGAUAUGUGAAAUGCUUCUGCUGUGUGAGCGUACUGCGAGACUCCCACCUGCAGUGCAGCCAUGCUUCCAGCUACUGAGCCUCACAGGGAUGUUUCCUUCAGUGUCAAGAGAGCUGUGUCUCUGAGAAUCCAAAACACCAGAUCACAUAUACCUCUUUGUUUACAGUUUCUAUACACAACUGAAGGUAAUAAAGGUACUACUGUAAUAUGGUUACAAUACCAUGGUGCUCCAAGAUGAUAUGAAACAUCAUAGCCCAUGUGGCAAUGCAUUUUUAGACAAUACGGAGCGUUUUAACCUGUUGCUGGAUGAACUUUUGUUUGACGUUUUUACAUUUAACGAAAAAAAAAAUAAAAUAAUGUUGUAUGCCGUUCGGUUGACCGACGUUUGACUGCAAAAUAGAGCUUAUACUCUUUUCUGCGUUUUUACAGCUAUUACACAAGUUUGUACUGGUGCUCUUCUAAUCUCAGCCUUGCUACACUCAGGCUCACUGUCUGAAUCUGCACAAACAGAAAGUGAAGCUAGCCACAUGGGAGAUGAUGUUUUCUGUCAUUCAAAAGAAAAAACUUAAGAUCAAAGUCUGUGAUGAGCUACUUUUUUCUAGUUUCAUCAUGAACAAUGACGUUACUGUACAACUGUUAGUAAGCGUGGUCGCUGUAAAGGAGGGAGAGCGACCAGGCCGGGUAACUCUCCUCCUCGGCUUCCACCUCUCUAAACUGAAUAACUGUCAGGUGCAAAUACUCAACAAUAUGGUGCCGCUUCACAGAGUUCUUCUACCUUUUUAUAGCAAUUUUGUGCUGUUUUAUCAACAUUAUCAAGCACUUUUAUACGUACACUUUCUUUUUCUUUUAAAAACUUUUUUUUUUCUUGUGAAUUGGUUUAUUUUUCGUUUAGUUUAAUGAUGUGAACUGAUCAAUCCUCGUGUAAUAUUUUUUGUAUACAGUAGGGCUGUGCCAAUAGAAGUGAAAGAAUGGAUUUUUUUUUAUAUGUGAAACCAUGUUAUUUGACUCGGUGUACAGUAGAUGGAUUGUCAUUUGUAACCUCCAACUCCUUUUCUCACCUUCCAUCAUCCAUAUUGUUCUCUGUUUCGAAGCAGCGAUACAGUAUGUUGCCACGUAAAUUCAAGGAAUGUCUGUUGCUAUUAAGAUUGUAAAAAUGUAAGGCAGCGUCAAAAAGCUGUGUUUCCUGCUUUGUAAAAUAUUUUGUCCCCUGUGAAGGACAGUAGGGCCGCUGCCAUUUGCUCGAUAAAUUGUAGUCGUCACGUUGGCAAUUUGUAAGCGCCGAUCCAAAUUAUGGAUUACACGCGCAAACUAAAUUCUCUUGAUUGUAAUCCUUAAGCUAAACACAGAGGAUUUAGGCUGCAGUUUGUCAAAACAAAAGCCUGACACAGUGUUUGACACGGAUGUCAGCACUCAAAGAGUAAAGAGUAAGAGCAGACGCUAUCGCUUCUCUAAAUCAUAUUUAAGAUUUGAAAUUUAAUUUCUUAAUGUAAUUAAUUUCUUAAGUGACCUUAUUGCCAUCCUUUUUGUCAAUGCAUGGUGGCUCAAUAUGAGCUCUCGUGCUUUGUAUUUUAUCAGAUGUUAUCCCCCUCUCCACCUUUAAUACCUAACGUCAUAUUCAUGGUUGUACAUUCUGUACAUAGAGUUUUCUGGUUGCUGUUUUCAAUUUUUUUUCUUUUCUUUUUUUAAUUACAAAUGAGAUGUACAAAUAUAAUUCUUUGCUAAUAUAUAUCAUCAAAUAGAAAGAAAAUCUUAGGUCGAAAAUAAAAAUCAUUGACAAAUUUCAUUCAAAGCUUCAAGCAUUAGAUGUAGAGAGAUUCCAACUCCGCUUUUUUUGUUUUUUUGUUUUUUUAUUUGUUUGUUUCAAGUGAAUCCAGAUCGGAUGUUUUGUGAUCGUAACAUUGGCCUAAAGACAGCUUUAAGAUUGACGGUCUAAACUUCACUGCACAGCCCUACACGGUGGUGUUUUUUUUUUAAACUUCUGUUUCUUUUUGUAAGACUUUAAAAAGAGGGAUUGUAGGCGUUUCCGAUGGUGCUAAACAUUUUACCUAAUCAAGAAAAAUGUAUUUGAUUGGAAGACAAAUAAACAUGUCUUGACAAUGACUGUUUUAAGUUCCUUGUAGUAAUGAAAAAUAACUAUUAUUUCACUCAUAUAAAUAUAUUAACAAAGGCAUUUUAACUUUGUACUUGAAAAAAUAAGGAUAACAAAUAAUGAAAGGUUUGCUAUAUUGUUUUAGACUAGAGAUUGCUGUAGUCGGUGCUUAUCUGUGGGAAAAUUGUGUGAGAAAAAAAAUGGUAAUAACUUUUACUGUAGCAUAAUGUAUGCUUAAUGCGCAUUGCUUCUUAAUCCUACAUUCCAUGCCACAAUAUUCUCCAUGUCUGUUUUCCAAAUGUUGUUUUGAACUGACGCUUACUUGUUUCUUUGUUUUUAAAAAAAAGAAGAAAAAAAAUCAGAAACAGCAUUUCAUUUUACUGGUCAAAGCAGGUCAAUACUUCAGUGAUACUGUUAACGCUCUGUGUGACUUUCUUUCUGUCAUAACUGUUUUAUGGCCUGUAUGGUUUUCCUCAAGACCAGUUCAUACAGCAGAUGUAGCAGUCAUUCUCUGCCCCAUACCUUUGUUUAGUGUUCAAAGAGAAGAUAAAGGCUUCGUAUGUACUUGUGCUGGAGAACACUUGAAUAAAUGUAUUGUUUUUGUGCAAAAAAAAAA